CCACAAAGCAGAAGAGUAAAGAGAGCUCUGAUGAGAAAAGGAUUGCUCAUCACCAAAAAAUACACAGCUUAUUGGAUGAGGAAAGGUUGGCAGAACAUAUGGCGACUUUGAGAAAGCACGCAGUAGAUGAUCCUCACGCUGUUAUAUCCAAUGUCGUCGAUCGUAUCGGGGAGAGCAUUGAGAGGAGGCGGAAACUUGGGUCAAGCGGCAGUUUUGUUUUGACUGGGAAUCCCAUCGACGACUGCUGGAGAAGAGACCCGAAUUGGGAAAACAACCGGCAGACACUUGCGGAUUGCGGCGUAGGGUUUGGAAAGGAUGCGAUGGGCGGCAAGGGUGGGAGACUCUACGUUGUCACCGACGCGAGCGACGACGACCUCGUGAACCCCAGGAAUGGCACUCUCCGGCAUGCUGUUACCCGGGCAGAGCCCCUCUGGAUCAUAUUCCAAGAAGACAUGACCAUCAGGUUGCAGCAGGAACUGAUCAUGGCCAGCGUCAAGACCAUCGACGCCCGUGGAGUCAAAGUGCACAUCACGGGAAAAGGGUGCAUCACCGUCCAGUACGUUAGCAACGUCAUCAUCCAUGGGCUCAGCAUGGAUGGCUGCACGUCGGGCACAGGCGGCAUGAUUAGGAGCUCAGAAGGCCAUUACGGGUGGAGGACCAAGUCCGAUGGCGAUGCCAUCAACAUCUUCGGUUCCUCCCAUGUAUGGAUCGAUCACAACACGCUCUCUAACUGCGCAGACGGCCUUGUUGAUGCUCUCAUGGGAUCCACUGCCAUUACCAUUUCCAACAAUCAUUUCUCUAAGCACAACGAGGUCAUGAUGUUGGGUGCCCAUGACCUCGACAAUAUGGACAGGAGUAUGCAAGUGACAAUUGCCUUCAACCAUUUCGGUGAGGGUCUCCAACAGAGAAUGCCCAG